AUGUCUAAAGCUGUUGGUAUUGAUUUGGGUACUACCUACUCCUGUGUCGCUCACUUCUCGAACGACAGAGUCGACAUCAUCGCUAACGACCAAGGUAACAGAACCACCCCAUCUUUCGUUGCCUUCACUGACACCGAGAGAUUGAUUGGUGAUGCCGCUAAGAACCAGGCCGCUAUGAACCCAGUUAACACCGUUUUCGACGCUAAGCGUUUGAUCGGUAGAAACUUCGCCGACCCAGAGGUCCAAGGUGACAUGAAGCACUUCCCCUUCAAGUUGGUCGACGUUGACGGUAAGCCUCAGAUCCAAGUCGAGUUCAAAGGUGAAACCAAGAAGUUCACCCCAGAACAGAUCUCCUCUAUGGUUUUGGGUAAGAUGAAGGAAACCGCCGAAUCCUUCUUGGGUUCCAAGGUCAACGACGCCGUCGUCACCGUCCCAGCCUACUUCAACGACUCCCAGAGACAAGCCACCAAGGAUGCUGGUACCAUCGCUGGUCUAAACGUCUUGAGAAUCAUCAACGAGCCAACCGCCGCCGCUAUCGCCUACGGUCUAGACAAGAAGGGUAAGGAAGAAAACGUCCUUAUCUUCGACUUGGGUGGUGGUACCUUCGAUGUUUCCCUACUGUCCAUCGAGGACGGUAUCUUCGAGGUCAAGGCUACCGCCGGUGACACCCAUUUGGGUGGUGAAGAUUUCGACAACAGAUUGGUCAACCACUUCGUUCAAGAGUUCAAGAGAAAGAACAAGAAGGACGUCACCACCAACCAGAGAGCUUUGAGAAGAUUGAGAACCGCAUGUGAAAGAGCCAAGAGAUCCUUGUCCUCUUCCGCCCAAACCUCCGUCGAAAUCGACUCCCUAUACGAAGGUGUCGACUUCUACACCUCCAUCACCAGAGCGAGAUUCGAAGAACUUUGUGCCGAUCUGUUCAGAUCCACUUUGGACCCUGUCGAAAAGGUCUUGAGAGACUCCAAAUUGGACAAGUCCCAAGUCGACGAAAUCGUCUUGGUCGGUGGUUCCACCAGAAUUCCAAAGGUCCAGAAGUUGGUCACCGACUACUUCAACGGUAAGGAACCAAACAGAUCCAUCAACCCAGAUGAAGCCGUCGCUUACGGUGCCGCCGUCCAAGCCGCUAUCUUGACCGGUGACACUUCCUCCAAGACCCAGGACUUGCUGCUACUAGAUGUCGCUCCAUUGUCUCUAGGUAUUGAAACCGCCGGUGGUGUCAUGACCAAGUUGAUCCCAAGAAACUCCACUAUCCCAACAAAGAAAUCUGAAACUUUCUCCACUUACGCCGACAACCAACCAGGUGUCUUGAUUCAAGUGUUCGAAGGUGAGAGAGCCAAGACGAAGGACAACAACUUGUUGGGUAAGUUCGAAUUGUCUGGUAUCCCACCAGCUCCAAGAGGUGUCCCACAAAUCGAAGUCACCUUCGACGUUGACUCCAACGGUAUCUUGAACGUCUCCGCUGUCGAAAAGGGUACCGGUAAGACCAACAAGAUCACCAUCACCAACGACAAGGGUAGAUUGUCCAAGGACGACAUCGAAAAGAUGGUUGCCGAAGCUGAAAAGUUCAAGGAGGAGGACGAAAAGGAGACCGAAAGAAUUGGUGCCAAGAACCAAUUGGAAUCCAUCACAUUCUCUUUGAAGAACAGCAUCUCCGAAGCCGGUGACAAGCUAGAAGAAGCCGACAAGGAAGCCGUCACCAAGAAGGCCGACGAAGUCAUCGCAUGGUUGGACGCCAACACCACCGCCACCAAGGAGGAAUACGACGACCAAUUGAAGGAGUUGCAAGCAAUUGCCAACCCUGUUAUGACCAAACUAUACCAACAAGGUGGUGCCCCAGAAGGUAUGCCAGGUGCUGCCCCAGGCGGUGCCCCACCAGCUCCAGAAGCUGAGGGCCCAACUGUCGAAGAAGUCGAUUAA